AAGAAAAAAGGUUGUGUUCAGAGAGUAAUUUAGUUUGCAAAAGAAAGACAAUCAAGUCUUCUUGUUUUAUUUUGCAGAGACAAUUUCCAUACUAUGCAUCUGGUGAAUUUUAGAACAUAAUAGACCUUCGGAUACUCUUCUUUAUUUAUUCAUUUAUUCCUUCAUCAAAAUGCUGCAUUCUCUGUAAAUUUCAUGCAUUUGGCCAUAUAUAAGGAUCCAAAUCUUCUCCGAAGAAUCAUUCCUAUCUCUUCUUACACCCUUAACUCUUUUUAGCAAAUGCAGUUGUCGAGAGCAAUGCCAGAUUUCAUAACUUUUUCCAGCGUAUUACCAACCCGUGCUAAAACAGAGGCUUUGGAAGAGGGUAUCGAUAUACAUCAAAGUGCAGUUGAAAAUGGAUUUUUUAUCAGAUGUAGUAGUUACAAGUUCUCUGGUAUAAAUGUAUGCAAUAUGUAGAAGUAUUUAUAAAGUGCACAGAAAUUCCAUAACCUUUCCCACCGUUCUCCUUGCCUGAUAUUUUUACAAGAGGACUUCUAUCAAAGGAUAACAGUAGAGGAUUGUUAUAGUUGCAAUCUCACCGGUAGACAUGUGCAAAGGUAGAAGCUUAGUCACGCACAUGAACUGUUUGACAGAAUGCCUCUAAAGAUUGCAAUGAUUGCGGGAGUCGCACAAAAUGAGAAAUUAAGAAACUUCCGAGCAAACGAAUUGACAGGCUUAAGCCAAGUUCCGCAUACUCUACCAGCAAAUUCUCACGGUCUUAGAGCAGGGUACGGAUACCCAUCAAGGCUAGAGAAACAUUGCCAUGUGUUCAUAAUCGCGAAGACAGAAUGCCAAAGGGUGAGGGGGGAUGUGAAGAGUCGACGGAAUGAAGAGAAGAAGGGCUGAAGCAAGAAAAUCCGAUCAAGCAAAUGAAUUGAUUGUAAUCCUUUGCAUAUUAUAAAAUGUGAGAGAAAAGAGGCAUUGGGCAGAUUGAUCAAGUAGGAGUGGAAUGAACCCAAGAGGUUAGCGUGUGCGGCUGCCAAGAGUGGAGGGUAUCGGCCCAAGAUAGUGAGGGAAUUGGGAGAUCACAGCCUGAGAGAAAGAAAGGGGCUUGUGGUUAGAAGCAGACCAAUAAGGGGAGAAGGGGAGGAGAAUCAACCCAGUCAGCACAAACAAUUGGGUUUAACCAGAGACGGGACAAAGAAUCAAAGAGAAAGAGCUUUGUAUACUGAGAGGGGCCAAAUGAAAGAUCAUGCAUCUAUACAUACAAUCACCAGCAAUUCAUAAAUCGGAAUGGAGACGGCUACAAAGAGGAAAGAUCAACUUGUUUGCAGAGCGAGCCAGAUGAGUAGAUACAGCCCAUUUGAAGAUCAAAAUCGCACGCAACUUCAAAUGCAUCUACCAAUGUUUUUAGGAAAUGGAUUCCUACUCAGAAAAAAUCAAUGGUCAGGAUGCCUGUGAUCGUCUUGCAUCCUCUGAUCACAUCCUCUUUCUCAUGAUCUGCACCGUCGAUGUUCAAAGUCAGCCGGUUCAUCUCAGAUAAGAAGACGCCUUCGGCGUAAUUACAAAAUUAGUUUAGGACCACAAAUAUCUUGACAAGUAGAAUACACUUUUCACCGGUGGAUAGAAUUUUCGACAAUCAUCCAGUAGCUAUUCUUACACACAUAUUUUGUGUUUCUGAGAGUGAAAAGUGCUCGAGUGUAGAAGCAAGUAGGUGGUUUGUUUAAAUUAAAAAGCUAUCAUGUUUAAUUCAGGCAUGGUGUUUAAUCCCUCCAAUGGAACUUCAUAAAGGUUUUUAGUUCCUAUUGUUCAGGAAUUGGCAUCUCAGAACAUUCACAGACUUCCUUGAAGGUAUAACAGAUCAGAGAAAGAGCGCCCAACUAACUCUACUCAUCAAUUGAAUAUCCCCAUAAUUGAUAUGGGCAUCUUUUUGAGAGAUUCGGAUCUCUGCAGGCAAAAGGAAUUGGAAAAACUUGGUACUGCAUGCCAGCAAUGGGUUUUUUUUCAGUGUCAUACCUAGCCCAUCAUAUAUAUUCUGUUUAGGGGUGAAGAAGCAAACCGGCGUUUGUUUAUAUCGAUCAUACAAACAUCAUGUAUAAUUCAGCCCUGGUAUUUAAUCCAUCUGAUGGAACUUCAAAAAGGUUUUCAGUUCCUGUUGUUCAGGAAUUGGCAUCUCAGAACCUUCACAGCCUGCCUGAAAGGUACAUCAGAUCAGAGAAAGAGCGCCCAAAUAACUCUACUCCUCAUCAAUUGGACAUCCCCGUAAUUGAUAUGGCCAUGUUUUCGAGAGAUUCGGAUCUCUGCAGGCAAAAGGAAUUGGAAAAACUUGGUACUGCAUGCCAGCAAUGGGGAUUUUUCCAGGCUGUGAACCAUGGAAUUCCUCUGUCUCUGAUGGAAACGAUGAAGGCAAAUGUAAGGGAAUUCAUUCAACUACCUUUGGAGGAAAAGCUCAAGUACAAAAUACAAGAGAUUGAAGGCUAUGGCCAGACCUUUGUAGCCUCAGAUGACCAAAUACUGGACUGGGCAGAUGUUAUGUCGUUGACAACUCUGCCUCCAGAGAAUAGAAAAAUGGAAUUGUGGCCUACAAAGCCAUCAGAUUUUAGAGAAACCGUGGAUCAAUACGCACUUGAAAUUCAAAAGUUUGGGAAUACAGUUCUUUGCCUUCUAUCAGAGAACGCUGGGCUAAAACCAGACCAUUUCAUUAAUAUGUGUGGGAAAAUGAUACAGUACAUGCGAUUGAAUUACUACCCACCCUGCCCAAGACCAGAUCUGGUUUUAGGCAUAAGCCCUCAUUCAGAUGCAAGUGCUUUUACAGUGUUGUCGCAGGAUGAUGAAACAGUUGGGCUACAGAUCUGUAAGGAUGGUGAAUGGGUUCCUGUUCAACCCAUCCCUGGUGCCCUGGUUAUCAAUAUUGGGGACAUGCUUGAGGUGAUAAGCAACGGAAUUUAUAAGAGCAUUGAGCACAGGGCAGUCACAAACAUGGACAGAGAUCGAAUCUCCAUUGCCAUGUUUUGUAGUCCAAGUGUGGAAACAGAAGUGGGUCCUGCUCCUGAGCUCAUAGAUGAGUUGCAUCCCUGUCAAUACAGAAGAUUCAUUCGUGCAGACUAUGUAAAAAAUUUGUAUUCUGGAAAACUUGAAGGGAAGAAGAAGAAGAUUGAAUUUGCCAAAAUCAUGUUAUAAGUUUCUUUUAUUUGAAUUUGUUCAAUAUGGCUAAGACCAUCUGCAUUCAAUUUGAUGAACAACUUCUAUCAUGGGCUUUUACGGGCUUUUAAUUUAAGGAAUUGCUCAGUGAUCAGUAAAAGUAAUGAACUACACGAUUAAGUAAUGUUGAUUUUCUGUGAGUUGCAGUUUUAAACAUAGGUAUAGAUAUCAGUCAUUAGAAGAAAGUGGCACUCGAUAUUAAAAAGGUACAAUCUAAAAAACAUAUAGCGCCUUUUGUACAUAGAUUUUCUAAGAAAAUUUACCGAGCUUUUUACAGAGA